CCUUCAGAAAUUUGGUUUUUGCCAUGGUGUGUUCAGCCCCUACCUUUUUUUUUUCCACUCAAUGAGGAAGUAGGAGUGUGUUUACUAUUCCUGCCUGUUGUAAAAAGGACACGCUGCACGCCACUUGCAGAAGGUCAUCAAUUACUGUCAGAGAUGAAAUAAAACAAACAUACGUUAAUAUUUUUUAGCUUUGUGCCUUCGCAGGCAGAAUGAGUGUGGGCUUUAUUGGAGCGGGCCAAUUGGCCAACGCUUUGGUGAAAGGCUUCUCGGCCGCAGGCGUGAUUGCCACCCACAGAAUCACAGCCAGUUCUCCAGACACGGACCUCCCCACAGUGCAUCAGCUGCGGAAAGCAGGUGUACACUUUACCACAAGUAACAAGGAAACUGUAAGCAAAAGUGAUGUCCUCUUCCUGGCUGUGAAGCCCCACAUCAUUCCUUUUGUGCUUGAUGAGAUUGGACCAGAUAUCGAAGACCGACACCUUAUUGUGUCCUGUGCUGCAGGUGUCACUAUCAGCUCUAUAGAAAAGAAGCUGGAGCAGUAUCGCAGUUCUCCAAAAGUAAUGCGUUGCAUGACCAACACUCCAGUGGUCGUCCGUGAAGGGGCCACAGUCUAUGCCACAGGAACCCAUGCAGAAGUGGAGGAUGGAAAGCUCCUUGAACAGCUGAUGGCCAGUGUUGGCUACUGCACUGAAGUGGAAGAGGACCUGAUUGAUGCUGUCACUGGCCUGAGUGGGAGUGGCCCAGCUUAUGCAUUCACGGCUGUAGAAGCUCUUGCUGAUGGGGGAGUGAAAAUGGGCCUGCCCAGGAGACUGGCUGUACGCCUUGGAGCCCAAGCCCUGCUGGGUGCUGCUCGAAUGCUGCUGGACUCAGAGCAGCACCCCGGGCAGCUCAAGGACAAUGUGUGUUCACCAGGGGGCGCCACCAUCCACGCCCUUCACGUCAUGGAGAGUGGUGGCUUUCGAAGCCUCCUCAUAAAUGCUGUAGAGGCCUCCUGUGUGAGGACCAGGGAGCUUCAGUUUUUGGCUGACCAAGAGAAGAUCUCCCCUGCUGCAAUUAAGAAGACAACUCUGGACAAAGUGCUUCAGCAGCCAGGAGUCACUGCAGACACUGUUGGAGUCCGAUCUGGUGGGAUCAGUGUCUUCAAGAGCAAUAACCCCAGAAUCAAGAAGCAUUAACAUGUUUGUUUUUGUAUUCUUUUUCUCAGAAAGACCAACUGACUGUUACUGAACAUAUUGAUGAUGCAGUACAUGCUGUGAAUAAACCACUAAUGGCGUUGAUUAUAAUAUAAUAUAUAUAUUAUAUACACACACACAUGUUGAUAUAAACAAAGAAGAGAAUGCCAUCAAGUUUUUUUUUUUGCUUUUUGUUUUUUUAAAUAAGCAUAUUAAAAAAGUCACAUUUGGGAUGUAACCAGAUAAAAGGAAAAAAAAUGUGGCACUUCACUUUAUAAUAACACCCGUUUCCCAGGCUAUUUUCUUUUAAUUCUUAGGGGUUGCUGUCCCAUUGAAGACAUGAUCCAUGUAUCAUCACAUAAUUUUUUUCUGGUUAUAUAGUGGGGCUUUAAGAUUGAUGUCCGUAAUGAAGCCCCUUAAAUCCUACCUCUGUAAAAGCAUCAGCGAGUUUUAUUUUUUAUUUUUCUGGUAUUUUGGUUCACACAACGGUUUUAAAAUUCAUGGGAUGCUGUCUUUUAUAAAAUGAUGGAAUAAUGGCCUUUUGAAAUACUUUCAGAAUCAGAAAUAGGUUUAUUGCCAAGUUUGUUGGACACACAAGGAAUUUGUUGUGGUGAUUGGUGCAAUACAAAGAACAAAUUUAUAAUGAAAAGAGAAAAUGUACAACAUGAGGUUUUAAAGUGCCAGAUAUGAGUCUGUGCAAAGUUGACCUAGGAUGUGUUUUAUUACACUUGUAAAAACAGAAAA